AUGGCGCAUUUACAUCGUCGCGACGUGCCAGCAGCGUUUUCCUUACCAAAGAGCACAGCCGUCGACUACGUAGACCCGUUUAUUGGAAACGGGGGUGGCUCUCCAGAUGGUUCAGGGGGAAUGAUCCCCUCCACUGCACCUCCGUUUGCGAUGACGCGCUGGGUAGCACAGACGAGACAGAACUAUGUCUCCGUCACGCCAUACAACUACACGGGUACCUCCAUUCACGGCUUUCAGGGUACGCACCAGCCUGCGAUUUGGAUGGGCGAAAGUGGCCCGGCCGUCAUUGCUCCAGGUGCCGGCGAAGUGCAGAGCGUUUUCGAGCGCCGUGGGAUGGCGUUCAAACACACCAACGAGAUCGCUACCGCGAGCUACUACUCUGUGAUCAUGGACGCUCUCGAGGGCGGCACAAUUCAUGCAGAGCAGUCUGCCACGUCCCGUGUCGGGCACCUUCGAUUCACGUUCGAGGAUACUACUACCCCAUACGUCCUUGUCGAGGCCACGCGCGCCUCAGUCAUGGGCUCAGACGACCCCACCAACGUCACGUACCCGUACGGGUCUAUCAACAUCGACCCUUCCCGCCGCGAGAUCACCGGCCAUAACCCCGAGCGGCAGGACUUCAUCAUCGGGCCCAGCCCCGCGCCGAGCUUCGCAGGCUACUUCUGUGCCCGCUUCGACGUCCCCUUCGAUAGCUUCGGCGUAGCACAGAACGGGAGCGUCUCGGAUAGCGUCACUGAGGGCACCGGCACGUUGCUCUCGGGCUUUGCGCGCUUCGCCCCGGGCACGAAGCGCGUGGACGUUCGCGUGGGCGUGUCGUUCAUCUCUGUAGAGCAAGCUAGGAAGAAUCUGGAGAAGGAGAUCCCGGAUGGGACCUCCCUCGAGAAGACUGCUGCGAAGACGCGCGCCGAGUGGGCAGAGAAGUUGGACCGCGUCAAAGUCGAGGGUGCUACGCAGGAGCAGAACGAAGUGUUCUACACCGCGAUCUUCCACACACUGCAGUACCCAUACGAGCAGAGCGAAGAUGGGCAGUACUAUUCCGGGUAUGACGACACUGUGCACCAGGGCGAAUCGUAUACCGGAUACUCGAUCUGGGACACAUUCAGAUCGGAAUGGGCGUGGCAGAUCUUGCUCGCGCCAGAGCGUGUCUCGCCAAUAGUGCAGAGCAUGCUCCAGGACUAUAUCGAAGGUGGCUGGCUUCCCAUGUGGAAGAACAUCGUUGAGACGAACAUCAUGGUUGGAACGCAUGCGGACUCGCUCGUCGCAGAGGCCGUAGCCAAGGGCUUCACUGACUUUGACCUCGAGACGGCGUAUGCAGCAGUAUACAAGGACGCGACGGUACCGCCAGAGAACGACUGGAACACCUCGUACUUCGAUCGCCAACAGCAUGUGGGCUAUGAAGUGCGCGCCGGCCUCUCAUCCGUGUAUGCUACACACGGCUGGGUCGCAGACGACAUCCAUUCCGAAGCCGGCUCCCGUACUCUCGACUACGCAUACGACGACUACGCUGUCUCCGUCCUCGCCGCCGCGCUCGGCAAAAACGCAGACGCCGCGCACUUCCGCGCGCGCGCGUUCUCCGCCCCAUUCACGAUCUUCAACAACGACACCGGGUUCAUGGAGGCGCGCAACGCGAGCGGCGCGUGGGCGGGCCCGGACGCGGGCUGGACGGAGGGCGACAAGUGGGCGUACACGUUCGACGUCGUGCACGACGUCGGCGCGCUGAUCGAGCGCAGGGGCGGGAACAAGUCGUUCGUGGAGUUCUUGGAUAUGCAUUUCGACGGUGGACAUAAUGAUCACACGAACGAGCCUUCUCAUCAUAUUCCCUAUUACUACUCUCUAGCUGGCGCCGCGUCUAAGUCCCAAGAGCGCAUUCGCGAGAUCGCCAUCGCGAACUACAACAACUCCGUUAACGGCCUGUCCGGAAACGAAGACUGUGGACAGAUGAGCGCGUGGUACGUCUUCAGCGCGCUCGGGUUCUACCCCGUCGACCCCGUUUCCGGAGAAUACGUCAUCGGAACGCCCUUUUUCGACAAGAUCACCAUCGACCUGCCCAACGCCCCGCAGCCUCUGGUCAUCACAUCGUCUGGCGCGCCCAGCAAGCCGUACAUCCAAAGCGUCACCGUAAACGGGCGCGCGCUGGAGGGCCCCAUCCUCAAGCACACCGACAUUGCGUCGGGCGGGCACAUCCACUUCGAGAUGAACGCCAGCCCGCAGGCGUGGGCUUCCAGCACUCUGGUGAGCACUUAA